AUGAACAGUAUUUGUGGCUCAGUGGGUGUGUGCAAAAAAUGUCAAAUUUGCAAAAAGAAAUGCUCUGGAGACAUUGUUCGUGCUGACGGAGAGAAAUAUUUUCAUAUAAAUUGUUUCGCGUGCAAAACCUGUGGUCGUUCUCUUUCUGAGGCGGGGUUUUAUGUAAACCCGGAUGGCUCUUAUGUAUGUCCAGAGCAUGUCCAACAACCGCAAAGGCCUCCGUCCGCCGACAACGCCCAGCAAACGCCAAAAAAGUCAAAGAAAGGUUUGGGGCUUUUCAAAAGAGGGUCUUCUAGAGAUUCAAAAGAUUAUUCUCGGCCACUCAGUUUAGAUUCUAAUAUAGCAACACUUUCAAGAAAUUCGAUGAUUGCUACAUCACAAGGGUCUCCUGUUGCUGCUGCAACCUGUGCCGGUUGUGGAGACCACCUCCAAUCAGGCCAAAUACUUUUGGCAAUGGGGCAUAGUUGGCAUGUUUGGUGUUUUAAAUGUGCAGAAUGCGCGGCUGUCCUCCAAGGGGAAUAUAUGGCUUAUGGUGGGAGGCCUUUGUGUUUGAGGGAUUAUGACAGAAUAGCGGGAGUAAAAUGCUGUGAAUGUGAUCGUUUUAUUGCUGGAAAAGUUUUGGAGGCUGGCGGUUAUAAAUUUCACCCAACCUGUGCUAGAUGUUCACGUUGUCAACUUCCAUUUGAAGAAGGGGCAGAAAUAUAUAUGCAAGGAAAUGAAAUUUGGCAUCCAAAUUGUGAACAUUAUUUAACUACUGAAAAUAUCGCGGUCUCAAAAUCGCCCUCAAAAGGUACUAAAUUCCAACCGCAUUUUGGUCAGCAUUUAACUUACAUUAAAGAGGACAAUCAAAAAUCUAAAAUGUUUAGGUAUAUGUUACCAGAAGCUGAGCAAACUUAUUUAAAACAUCCCAUAGCUCCAAAUCCACCACAACCAACACAAUUCCACACUCCACAUGGACCGGUAAUAAAAAUAAGAAAAUCGCGUUAUUCGAUGCUCAAAACUGGAAUGCAGAGACUAACUGAGGAUUUGGAAAGAACACGCCCCCGCUCGCGUUCCUCUUCUGUAGAUAAUGAAGAACCUAUAGAAUUGGCACAUUAUCCGGGAGCUAAAGUGCCAGAUCCUGAUCAUGUACCGCCAAUAGAUAGAGAAGAUUUCCCAGCACCUCCCUACCCUUAUGCUGUAGAAGAAUUAAAAAGGCGUUUAUCUUCCUCUUCAAUAGAAAAUGAUGAAGACGAAGAAGAAGAAUUGUUAAAUGCUGAAGGAAAAAUUUUAAGACAAGAAGAAAGAGUACAAAAACACGUUAAAGCUUUAGACACAAUAGACAAAGAUUCUUCUAUAGCUUACGUAAUUAAACAAAAUUUGGUUGAACAAACAGAAAGAAAACAGAGAGGAGGAAUUGAACAACAAAGAUUACAUUGGGAUCCGAGAAAUGCGAGUAGAACACCUUCAGCGAAGAAAAUGCCCCAUUUGAAAUUUAGAUAUGAUACGCCUAUUAAUGCUUCCCCAUCAAGGCAUUUAAAUCGGCCAAAGCCUUGGAUUUUUUGGAAAAAUGGUAGCGGGGAGGAACGUGCAGCAACAACAGCAAUUCCAAGUUUCCAUUUACCACAAAGCAGAAUGUGUACAAUGGAUGGAAGUGCUAGGGCUGUAACAAUGCCUGACGGCUAUGGAUAUUAUGCUGGUGGCGGGGGUGGAGCUGAUACAACAAUUAGCACACAUUAUUCUGAUCAUUCUCUCGAUAUGUCAGCUGCAGUAAGUGGUGCUACUGCCAGUCCCGCUUAUCUACGCAGUUCAUUACCAGAUAUGUCAAAGCCAGUAAAAAUAUACCCAUUAGAGCAUUUACAAACUACAAAUAAACAAUUGCCUGAAGACGUAGAUCGCCAACAUUUGGAACGCCAUUUGGGUAGGGAUGAAUUCGAUAAAUGUUUUGGUAUGACACCGAUAGAGUUUUACAAAUUGCCAGAGUGGAAACGUAUAAACCUUAAAAGAAAGCACAAGCUUUUUUGA